CGUAAGGGGUGGGGGCCCAGGGUGGCCCCACGUCCUGUGACAUGCUGGCUUGGUGCCUGUGGGGUGGGUCCACCUUGAGCCCACACCCUGAAGCCCACAGGUACCUCAUUGGCCAGCUCCCUGGUGCCACCCCUUUGCUACCCAGGGUUUCCUGAAAUCUGCAGACAGGUAGUGCCUUGCCCCUGUCCUUAAGGAGUCCAGCCUUCAGCCCUGUCUGGCUGGAAGGAUCCCUAGGAGGGGCCGGGGCUGGAGGCCUCCAGGAGGCCAUAACCAACUCAGGGCGGCAGGUCCCCCGAGGAGCAUGGGGAGAGAUCCAUGCCCCUCCCCCGGCCUACUCCUCUGGGUUCUGCCUGGGGUGGGGGGGGGGUCCAGACUGUCCUCCCCCAGGGCCAUGCUCUACCCCUCUGGCCCCAACUGCUACCCACUUCUCCUUCCCAAGGAGGCCCACCUGGCCACACCUGGGGACCAGUGGUGUUUACAGGUAACCCUGCUUGGGCACCAGGCGAGCCUGGGAAGGACUCAGCAGAAACCUGGCAACCUGGGGCCUCCCCGAGUCUGUGGCACUUGGCAACCGCCACAGCUCUGGACACUCUGCCUGCGGCUGUGUCGCCACCCGUCCACUUGCUCUUCUCUGGGCCCGGAGGCUGGUCUCCAGGAGAUAAACCGGCCCGGCGUGGGAUCCUUUAGGGGCCCAGGCUUGGUGCCGCUUCUCUCUAGCUGAGUGGUUUUUCCUGAGGGCCCUGAGCCGGAAGUGGGGGUGGGCCUGCGGCGACCCCUCCCGCGGUCCCAGGAUGCUGGACUCCUCAGUGGCAGAUCAAAUGACCCGACUGACCCUGAAACUCCUGGAGAAGAAACUGGAGCAAGAGCGUGAGGACAUGGAUGGGCAUCCUGAGGACCCCCGCCUGGAGACGGGAACCGAGGACGGGCCGGAGGCUGCCCUGUGCAGCGCCCUGCGGAGGAGGAAGGAUCUUCUGCAGAGACUCUGGGAGCAACACCUCCUGGAAGAGGUCUCCCGGGCCCAGGCCUGGAGGGGGGUCGACAGAGGAGCCCGCGGGUCAGCGCCGCCCGCAGAAGUGCCGCCCGUGGGGGUCUCCCCGCCCCCGCCCCCGCUGGACCCGCCUCGGCUCCUCCAACACGCGGCCCCCGCGGCCCCCGCCACCAUCAUCCAGCAGGUGCCUCAGCCGCCGCUCCUCGCGCAGACGCCCGCUCCACAGGCCUCCCGCAGCCCGCGCGCGGGGAGCAUCAAGGAAGACAUGGUGGAGAUGAUGCUGAUGCAGAACGCGCAGGUGCACCAGAUCCUCAUGCAGCACCUGAUGCUCAGAGCCCUGCCCCCGCCAGCGCUCGCGCCCGCCCCCCUGCACCUCACCCGACAGGACCCGCCGUGGGCCCGCCCCACUGUCCCGAGAGCUGAGAGGCAGAAGCGGCCCUCCGUGCAUCACCACCACCACUACGCACCCCUAGUCCCACCGCAGGCCGGGCCGGGGCCAGGCUGCCCCGUGGGUUACUCCAUGUGGCCCCCGGUGGUCUCCGCCACUGGCUUCCUGCCCACCAUGCGGCACAUGGCUGGCCCCUCAGCGGCUGCUCUCAGCACGGUGGUGUCUGACGGUGUCCUGCCCGCACCUGCUCCGGGUCUGUGACCUCCACAGCUGGGCUCAGGCUUGUGAGCAGGGGCCUGUCCCUGUCUGCAUCCUUGGACUCUCACCGUUGCCUGGACGUCAGAGGAAGCACGACGACCUUGAGCUCCCUUGGGCCGGCCGUGCCUGGACGACAAGAGAGCCAGGGGCCCGGCCUGGCACGUCCCAGCAGCCUCCUGUCUCCUUAUUUGUACAGCUAAACAGCUGGCUCGUGUCCUGUUUUUAUGGUGACCUUUCCAACAUAAUCGCUAAUGCAACAGAGGGGGACACUUGAUAGACGCUGACUGCCCUUGGCCGGCCUGGUGAACCAGCGAACGGUUUCGCCCGCCUGCUGGGCUGGGAAGCCCAGCUUUUCCCUCCUGUGGGUCCCCGACCAGACCAUUCCACUUCUGCCACCAACUGUGCAGAGAUUUCCGCACGAGCAAUCCUCUGUGGCCCCAGCUGGGCCUGACACUGUCGCCAUGGGGCUUGAGGGCUCAGCCCCAGGACUGUCCUCAGAGCAGAUCCAGUCGCCCUCUGGGCGGUGCCCUUGCUUCCUGUGCGGUGCUGGGGCCCCUCCCGCAGGCAGACCCACCGUCCACUCCUCUUCUGGCGCUUUCCUCCUCUGGGAGCCCCAGGGUUCUGUCCCGGCCUAUCCUUCUCACGAGACCAGCCCUACCCAGGAGCCCAGGCACCUGACGCUCGCUCCCAGUGCUCUGACCUCCGGGAGCUCAAGAGGGCAGAGGCCAGUGGGCCUGCUUUCCGUCCUCGCGCCUGCCUGCUGGGCCAGCAAGGACGAAGGAAACGCCUCCCCGUGCCCAGGAGAGUCGGGUGCCCUGAGAAACUGGCAAGGUGCCCCUGGGGGUCCCGCCCCCCGCGGCGGUGGUCGCGUGGGCUUCCGCAGACCAGGAAGCCUGUUUGGCUUGCUGUCCUGAGACUCCGUGGAGCGGUGCCUCUGUGGGCGCCUGCAGAGUUCAGGACAGGGCUGGUCAUCAGAGGAGCCAACGGUGUGAUGAGAGGCGUGUUAUCUCUCAGGCCCGCGCCCGACCUCAGGGAGCAGGGAGGCGCUGAAGUCGGUCCGUCACCAACGGCCGAUGACUUCAUCAGCAGAUGCCUGGUGACAGGACCUCCACGACCAGCCCUGGGAGGCCGGGCUGGCGACCACUUCGGGGAGGGGCCAUGCCCAGCUCUCAGCUCCCGUGUCGGGGACCCUCCCAGACCUCGCCCUGUCAUCUUCGUCUGCAUCCUUCCUGAUAAAGCUGUGUUCCCCUGA